ACGAUCAGACCUAGAUGAAACAACACAUAAACUUUAUCUCGCUCUGGAAGCGCCGUAUCCGAAGGCGCUUGUCUCUGUAGGUAAUUUACUUUGAAUCCAUUCUGUGCCGAGAGAAGAUAUGUGCAGAGCUUUGUUGGAUGCCGCUUUAGCGGCAGCUCUGAUAUUGUGCCUUCAGUUCCGCUACACGGUGUCUCAGGUUCCGAGUCUGGUGAAGCGCGACUGCAUGAUGGACUACUGGGGCUGGCUCUAUGCGGGAGACGAGUCGGUCACCUAUUUUGAUCGCGAGUGCCAAAACUGGAUCACCCGGCGUGGAAAUCAUAAGGUGGACCCGAAACUGGAGUUUUACGAUCCCGGCGCAAAGGCAAGGCCGGUAACAAGUGCAGACAGGCCUUCAAAAACGGCCUGCCUCUUCGACCGCGACCCUG